GAAGCUACGCGGCUUCAGUCUCACCCCGCCCGAGGGGGUGAAGACUUCGGCUCCCGUCCGUCCCGUCCCUCCCGUCCUUCCCGUCCGUCCCGUCCGUGCCGUGCCGCCGGCGCGGCCCCGGGAGCGGCAUCGGCGGGCGCCGCCAUGGCCGGGCCCCUGCUGCUCCUGCUGCUCUGCGCCGCGCUGCCCGCCGGGCUCCGCGCUCAGGGAGGCGUAUUCAUCAAGAAAGAAAAUGCUGACAAGUUCUUGGAAAGAACAAAACGUGCUAACUCUUUCUUAGAGGAAGUGAAGAAAGGGAAUAUUGAAAGAGAAUGCAAUGAGGAGCGCUGCUCAAAAGAAGAAGCAAGAGAAGCUUUUGAAGACCAGGAAAAAACUGAGGAAUUCUGGAACAUCUAUGUGGAUGGGAACCAGUGCAGUUCAAACCCUUGUCACUAUGGUGGCCACUGUAAAGAUGGAAUUGGUUCCUACACUUGCACGUGCUUGGAUGGUUAUCAAGGCAAGAACUGUGAAUUUGUCAUACCAAAGUUCUGCAGAAUAAACAACGGGGACUGUGAGCAGUUCUGCAGCGUCCGCAGAGAUGGGCGGAAGGAUGUGUUGUGUUCCUGUGCGGAUGGGUAUGUUCUAGCAGAGGAUGGCAAACACUGUGUUGCAACAGUAAAAUACCCUUGUGGAAAAGUUUCUGUGGUAAGGAAAAAAAGGUCUGUUCUUUCACCCACUGACCACAGCAAUGGAACAAAUGAUCAAGAAGACUCCCCCACACAUGAAACAAGCACAGAGGAGAACUUUGCAAUUACCACAGAAAGCCCAACGCCUCCACCUGACAACAGGACAAGCAGCAAGAAUCCAUUUGUCGAUACCAGGAUAGUUGGUGGGGAUGAGUGUCUUCCUGGCCAAUGCCCGUGGCAGGCUGUUCUGUUAAAUGAGGAAGGAGAAGAGUUUUGUGGUGGAACUGUUCUGAAUGAAAAUUUUAUACUUACUGCAGCUCAUUGCAUAAACCAAUCCAAAGAAAUCAAAGUUGUUGUUGGUGAAGUGGACAGAGAGAAGAAGGAGCAGUCUGAAUCAGUGCACACUGUGGACAAAAUAUUUGUUCACUCCAAAUUUAUUGUUGAGACUUAUGAUAAUGACAUUGCCUUACUGAAGCUGAAGGAACCUAUCAUGUUUUCAGAGUACGUCAUUGCAGCAUGUCUCCCCAAAGCAGACUUUGCUAAUGAAGUUCUGAUGAGCCAGAAAUCUGGGAGGGUUAGUGGCUUUGGGCGGGAAUUUGAAGGCGGGCGAACAUCCAAAAAACUGAAGGUGCUCGAGGUCCCCUAUGUUAAUAGGAACACUUGCAAACAAUCCACCAACUUGGCCAUAACUGAGAAUAUGUUCUGUGCUGGUUAUGACACAGAGCAAAAGGAUGCUUGCCAAGGAGACAGUGGUGGCCCCCAUGUGACCAGAUAUAAGGAUACUUAUUUUGUUACUGGAAUUGUUAGCUGGGGUGAAGGGUGUGCAAGGAAAGGCAAAUAUGGUGUCUAUACCAAACUGUCCCGGUUCUUGCGCUGGGUAAGAACAAUCAUGAGUUUGUAGUGGUGCUGUGUCCCUUGAUCCUCCUUGUUACCUGCCAAGGUGCACGAUUGGAAAUGGAAACUUUCUAUUCCUGCACAUCUGCUAAGUUGGUUUUGAGAUCUGAUUCCUUAAAGUUAUGGUCUGCUUCCAUUUGUAUUAUUCCUGGCUUGAAAGCACCCCUCUGAGGACUGUGAAGGUCUUUGGAAUUGGUUGAAAGAGGGAAUUCCCCAAGCAAAAAGGCUGCUGAGUGGAGUCUUUGGCUUCUUUUAAUUACUUAUCAAUGGCCGU